AUGAUCGCCACCACGAUACGGACCCCGCCCGCGGCUGCCGACUUCGUCCCCCUCGAGGAGUACCAAUCGCAAACGCCUGCGUCCUUCGUUGAUGGCAAGCCCGUGCUACACCUGCACCUCGCCGGCGCCACUGCCUCGGCUCCCCGGGAACAGGUAUCCGGCGGCGCGCUGGCCGUCUUCCCCCGGGACUUGCCCGCCGCCGCAGUUGAGAACGGCGCAGAGGAGGAGCUCGUUGAGCAGCAGGUCGACGUCUACGUCACAUCCGAGACCUUUAUCCUCUAUAGCCCCGGCGCCGAGGCAGGCGUCUCGAUACCGUACCCCUCCAUCUCCAUCCACGCCAUCAAGCAGCAGGGCAGCGCGCCCGCCGUCUGGAUGCAGCUCGAGCUGUCCGACGGUGGCUCUUCCGAUGACGACUUCCGCCUCAUCGAGCUAACCAUCGUCCCGCCCGCCGCCGACGCUGCCUCCAAGCUCUACGAAGCCGUCGCGGCCUGCUCGAACCUCCACCCCGACCCCGCCGCCGACGAGGAUGCCGACGAGGACGAGGACAACAACGAUCGCAUAGUCUUCGAGGGCGAGCACGAGGCGCUCGAGGGCUUCUCCGGCGUGCUCCGCGGCGCGGCGGACGGCGGGCUGCCCCCGCCGAUGCCGGGCAGCGGCGGCUGGAUCACGGCGGACAACGUCGGCGAGUACUUUGACGAGGAAGGCAACUGGAUCGGCCCCGGAGCGGAGGUGGGCGGUGAGGAAGAGGGUGAAGGCGCCGAGUUGGGGGAGGGUGCGGGCCGGACGAGGGCGCGCGACGAGGUCGAGGCGCAGGAUGCGGUCAACGGCCACGGCACGGAGGAGGAGGACGCUGAGAGCAAGCGUCAAAGAGUUGAGUAG